AUGUCAUCGUCUCCGAGAAGUCGAAUAACUCGCGCAAAACGAGCAUGCGACGGAUGCCAAAUUCGCAAGGUCAAAUGCGACGGAGGCCAGCCUUGUUUGUCCUGUGCAAAUACCAAGAUCGCGUGUACAUUUUCUCGUGCUGUGCAUACGCGUGGACCACGCCGCAUGCGUGAGACCACAAGAAAUAUUAUAGAGAGAAUACAGCGAGAGGAGCGGCAACAAUCAUCUGUUGAUUAUGGGAAUAUCAGCUUAGAUGGCAAAAGUACGCGUGGUCCAGUUGAUGCCGGGUCAAUAAGGACGUGGAAACGGAUCCCGCUCAGUAUCCUCUCGCCGCAACUGUACAUCUACCACCUGAAAUUGUUUCCCGUAUGGCCUGUCGUCAAUGUGGACACUGUGAUUGCUGAACUACAACAGGGGGACCAAGACAGCCAUGAUACGCUAGAGGCGUACGCCUUGGCCAUCUCGAUUGCCGGCGCGACAGUCGCUCAGCUGAGGCUGGACAGAAAAGCAGGCGAAAAUAGAUGCAUACUGAGAGCGAGUGAUAUGGCAUAUGAGUGUGAGAAAGUGUGCAGUCUCAUAAGAUACAAAAACAGAGUUAAUCUAAAUACUAUUCGAAUAUCGUUCUUCCUACAUAUUUACUACGAGAACCAAGAGCCCGGAUGUGGUGAAUCAUUGCUGCAUUUGCGCGAUUCCAUCUCGGUAGCACAACUCAUGUCGCUGCACCAGGAAACGUCAUACACAGGCCGCGUUACUGAAGAACAAAAUCUCCGCCGAUUGAUUCUGUGGCUGUUAUUUGUCACAGAGCGAGGAGUGUGUCUCCUUCACAAAUUGCCUGUUAUCAUCAAGACAAACAUUGCAUUGCCGUCAAUGAGCUUGCAUGAUGGGCAAUUUGUGCUCCCUGCAUUUAUCCAGUUGAUAAAUCUCUUCUUGAAUUUUGAGCAGGCGGGGCUCUUCGACGUCAUAGGAUAUGGUGAUGAUGCUGAUUUCUCCUCUGUUGUUAGAGCUCCUUCUAUUCUUGAUUCUCAGACAGUAGAAUCUCUACAUCGAAAACUGCAUGAGGCGGCCAAGGAACAAAUCUCUGUUUCGGAUGUGCAAAAAGUGGAUAUUUAUAUCACGCAACACUGGAUGAAGAUGAUUUUGUGGAGGCUGCGUUCACCAUCAUCUUCCUCAAGCAAUGAUCUGUCUAUUGCGUUCCCGCUCAGUGUAGCGUCUGACUUCUUAGAUUCAGUCGCCAGGCUACCUACAUCAGCCAUCGAGGCCCACGGAUUAACAAUACAAUUGAAAAUCGUGGAAAUUGCAAGUUCGGUUGUCGAUUCCAUAUCAUAUUUGGCAACGCUUCCUGUCGCUUUGCCGAAUUGGACAAACGACCUAUCACCAGCACGCAUUCUAACGCAUCUAAAUUCCUUGAUGUCUUCAUUUCGACAUAGAGCCGGGAAAAACUUGAUUGAAGUGCUGUGCCAGAAAACAGCAGAGGUGCAUGCUAGGAUGGGGUAUUGCGCGCCAUUAUCAAGUAGACCGAUUCUCGACGAUAAUAGCAAUCUCAACCAAACUCCGCUCGACGCAGACGACGCAACCACUUACCGACGACAGAAUGUCUUGGUCUUCCCGACCUUUGAUGAUGUUUUAACAUCCAUAGAAACGAGUCUAGAUUUGAGUUCGGCCAAUGAGCUCCCGUAUGAAUAUUCUGAUCAAUACCGCAAUGACAUCGGUAGUCUUGGAAUCGAUUCGCCAGGGGAGCUUGCCACUCCCAUUUUUGACCAUCACAUUGGCCAGAAUACAAUGUGUGACGAAAUACCCGGGUUUGCGUUCAAUCCCGUCGUUUCUUUACUCAUGGGCAAUGACGAAGCAUCGAUUUCCACAUCGGCUCCUCUCACAACGAAUGACUAUGAGCGCGGCAACGAGACUCCUUCAGAAAGGCUGUUCUAA